CUAUUUACCAAUAUGCUAAAAGAGGGUCUGUUUCCAAAUGAGAUUACAAUGCUGAGUUUUUACAAAGAAUGCGGAUUCAUAGGAGCUCUAGGACUUGGCAAGUGGUUGCAUGCAUUCACUCUAAGAAACGGGUUUAACAUUUCCUUGGUUCUGGCUACUGGUCUGAUUGAUAUGUACGGCAAAUGUGGCGAUUUCAGAAGCGCAAGAUCUGUUUUUGAUAGCAUUGCUGACAAAGAUUUAACAAUGUGGACAGCUUUGAUUUCAGCUUAUGCACAAACCAAUUGUAUAGACCAAGCUUUUGACGCCUUUGUCCAGAUGACUAGUUGUGGAAUAAGACCAAAUGAAGUGACCAUGUCUAAUCUCCUUUUGCUAUGUGCAAAAGCUGGAGCCCUUGAAAUGGGCAAGUGGGUUCAUGCUUAUAUGGACAAGCAAGAAAUUAAAGUAGAUAGGAUUCUAGAAACUUCUUUGGUGGACAUGUAUGCUAAGUGUGGAGACGUAGAUGCAGCUUAUCAGCUGUUUACUAAAACCACUGACAGGGACAUGCCAAUGUGGAACACCAUGAUAUCAGGUUUCGCGAUGCACGGUCAUGGAAAGGAAGCAUUAGAACUCUUGACAGAAAUGGAAAGACUAGGAGUCAUCCCCAGUGACACCACAUUUGUUGGAGUUCUUCAUGCGUGUAGCCAUGCUGGACUAGUAAUGGAAGGGAAGAAACUCUUUCAGAAAAUGGUCCAUGAAUACAAUUUAGUUCCAAAGGUCCAGCACUAUGGCUGUAUGGUAGACCUUCUUGGUCGAGCUGGAUUACUUGAUGAGGCUAAGGAACUAAUUAACAGCAUGCCCAUGAGGCCAAACAUGGUUGUGUUAGGAUCUCUACUUGCUGCAUGUAAAGUCCACAAAAAUCUCAAAAUUGGGGAAUGGGCUGCAAAACAGUUUCUGUCAUUAGAACCUGAUAAGUGUGGUUAUAAUGUUCUGAUGUCGAACAUAUACGCUGCAGAAAAAAGAUGGGAUGAUGUUGCUGGUAUAAGGAGAGCUAUGAAGGACGUGGGCCUUAGGAAAGAACCAGGUACCACAUCCAUUGAAGUGAAUGGCUCAGUUCAUGACUUUGUAAUGGGAGAUAAGGCACACCCGGAAGCUGAGAAAAUUUAUGAAAUGAUAGCUGAGAUGAGAGAAAAGCUAGAAAAUGCUGGAUACACACCAGAUACGUCUUCUGUGCUGCAGGACAUAGAUGGGGAAGAGAAAGAAACGGCUUUAAAUUAUCAUAGUGAAAAGUUGGCUAUGGCAUUUGGUCUUAUAAGCACAGCUCCCCGCACUCCAAUACGAAUAGUGAAGAACCUUCGAAUCUGUAAUGAUUGUCAUACCGCAACGAAGUUGUUGUCCAAGAUUUAUGGGAGGGUGAUAGUCGUAAGGGAUCGAAAUCGUUUCCAUCACUUCAAAGAAGGAUCUUGUUCUUGUAUGGAUUAUUGGUAGGAACAAUAAUAAUAAGACAAGGUACAUCAGAAAUUUUCUGCAUGCAGCACAAAUCAUGAUCACCACUCGUCA